CUGGCUCCUCUGACGACAUCGGGAGAGUCGCCCGAGAAGUUCGAAGAGCGCGGCGGACGCGAAGUCAAUUUGACAAUUCGACCAAAGUCAAACGUCGCCGUUCGCUCGCUCAUCACCAGCAGAUGGACAUCUUUGCCAGUCUCACCAAGGGCACUAAGCUGCAGGGUAAGAGGCCUAGCGCUCUCAUCGAUCCAGACGUGCACAUACACUUUGAACCGCCAACGGCCGCGCAGACUGACGAGACGACGUCAGCAGCCCGACCACGAAAAAGAGCAAGAAAGUCGCAAGAUGGUCUUCCUGCUCCGACGCCUGCUCAAGUCAGUGCGGCAAUCAGAAAGAGGCACAAGAUCAGAAUGACAGGCGAAGACGUGCCCGAUCCUCUCUCGAGCUUCGCCGAGCUUGUGACCUUGUACGGCUGUGAGGACUCUUUGUUGGACUGUCUGGCGACGAUGGGGCAUGCUCUUCCUACGCCCAUCCAGGCCCAAGCUCUGCCUCUACUGCUCAAGGAUCACACACGAGAUCUUGUAGCAUGCGCACCCACAGGAUCCGGCAAGACGCUCGCAUUCCUCAUUCCGCUCCUCGCUGCUGUCCAGUCAAGCUCGUCCGAGCCUUCGAACCGAAUAAGAGCACUCGUCAUUGAGCCUACGCGUGAGCUAGCGCGUCAGGUCGGCAGACAGGCGGACCUGCUUGCGCAAGGAUCCGGUUGGCGAACAUGCGUCAUGGGUGAAGAGGAGUCAGGAGUCAGUGAGUCAUUGACGGCAGACCUGCUGAUCACUACACCCUUGAGGCUCAUCUAUGCCAUCAAGGCGAAGACGGUAGAUCUCUCCACCGUCGAGCACCUCAUACUGGACGAAGCCGACCGUCUCUUCGAGCUCAACUUUCUCGAACAGACAGAUGAGCUCAUUGCAGCCUGCAAUCAUCCUAAACUGCGCAAGGCACUCUUCUCCGCCACCAUUCCUUCAGGCGUCGAGCUGCUGGCCAAGACGAUCAUGCGCGAAGAUGCCGCACGUGUCAUCGUAGGAUCACGCGAUUCUGGAGCAGCAGGCAUCACCCAGCAACUCACCUUUGUCGGUUCAGAGGACGGCAAGUUGGCUUCUCUACGAAGUCUGAUCGCCAAGGGCGGUCUUUCGCCGCCCGUGCUCAUCUUCACACAAAGCAUAGAGAGAGCACAAGACUUGUAUAGAGAACUAUCGCGAGACGGUCUGCCGGUGGAGGUCGUCCAUUCUGAUAGAAGCAAGGAAGAGAGGGAUCGCGCGGUGCAACGCUUCGAAGCAGGAAGAGCCUGGUUCCUGAUCUGCACAGACGUCAUGGCGCGUGGCAUCGACUUUCAAAACGUCAACCUCGUCCUCAACUACGACUUCCCGCAAGGCGCUGCGAAUUAUAUUCACAGGAUUGGCAGGACGGGCCGAGGAGGUAAGGAAGGCAAAGCCAUCACCUUCUUCACGCAAGAGGAUGCUGUUCACCUCCGGAGUAUCGUCAAUAUCCUGCGCAAUUCGGGCAUCAAAGUCGAUGACUGGAUGCUCAAGCUCAAAGCGCCUUCACAAAGAGCCAAACGUAAUCAUCUCCGUGCGCCGGUCAAGCGAAGACAUAUCCGCAAGGCUGCCAAGGGUACAAUCUGA